ACUGCGCAUGUGUAUAUGUUAUGUUUACAUGUUUCUGUUCAGUGUACGAUACAACUUUUUUUGAUCGACAAUCGACACCGGUUUUUUCGAAAUAAUUAACAUAAAACUUAAAUUAGCAAUGGUAUUAAGUUUAGUACGCUAGCUAUGUGAUGUUUCGAUUAAAAUAUUUAGGCUUAUUAUAUAAUUCUUCACCUAACGUCUCUAGAUCUUAGCAGACUAGCUAGGCCUAGGCUAGUGCUAGGGCCUAGAGUGGGAAGAGUUGUAAGUGUAAGUGUAAGUAAAAUUAAUAUAAGUAUUAAUUUUAAUUGAUUUUAGUAUUGAAAUUAAGUUCAGUUGUACAAUCAAUUAGUAUUUAGUGAUUAGCCUAGUCCUAGUCUAUUACCGUAGGUGUAGUGCAGGGCUAGAGUUCUGAAGGUCCCGUGUCCAUACAUGUGACUGUACUAUAACUUAACUAUAAGGCCAAUUUAAGUGGUCUGUGCCAGUCAUGACAGUGUAAGAAGGUUAAAAAGCCAUAGCUUGGGAAGGGGCUGAGGUAAACUUGGCUAAGUGGUGAAUUUAAACAGUUAAAAUCAUUAAAAGACAUUGUUGAGGGCAAUGUUCCCUCUAAGGUUUGUUGGUUUGUGUGCAAAAUCAUACAGUUGUGAUCAAAGUUUUACAGCUUCAAUUUUUUUGUGUGCAAAAUUUUACAGCCCACUCACUUUCAUGGAAAUUUGCUGCGCGGUACUCAUAACUGCUGCGCGGCGUCUGUGAGAUAGCUGCGCGGCCGCACAGCUUAAAGGGAACAUUGGUUGGGGGCUUAGUGGUUAAAAAAAAGGGGGGGGGGGGGGAUGACUGCAAGUCUCAGCUGCCACAGACUUCACAGAGCCAUGACUUGAAGGACUCUUAUGGACUAUGGAGAGGAGGAGGAUGUGGUGACAAGGGAGAGAUUGUUCCAACGAAGAAUGAAUAGGACAGGGUGGAAAUCUUGUUUAUCCAAGAGUUUGAAGAGUUCAGCUUUGUUGAUCUCAAUAAUCAUGCUGUUAUUGAUUUUGUGCAACAUCCCUAGUCUGUUGAUUCUCCUUCUUUCUUCUAGAUUGGUCCAUCCGAAGUUGUUGAGCAUGCAUGUGACUGUGCCACUCUCUUUGUCUCUAUAGUUGUUGUAGGCAUAUCUCUCUGCACUCUCUCGAAAAGAGUUUUGUCCUUUUGGUUGUGUGGACUCCUAUGCCUACACUAUGGUGUUGUAUUUUGCUGCUUUCACUUUCGGUGUACAUUACCUGAAAUUCCUCAGCAAGAAACCAACUGAGCUGUUUACUUUUGCAGAUAUGUUAUGAAUAUGUUUGCUCCAUGACCAUGUGCCAUGUGAGGUUGUCGAUGAAUGUUACUCCCAGGUACUUUCAGGUAUUGUUUUGAGUUUGUGUCCAUGGAGAUAAUUGGGCGAUAGUGGUUCCUUUUUUAUAGAUCGGAUGUUGAUGAAUACACAUUUGCUUGGGAUUGCAUUCCAUCUGCCAAUUAUGCUCCCAAUUCUCUAGUGCUGAUGGAGGCCCUGGUUUCCUUGAUUCUGAACUCUUCUGUAAAGUGAACUGUUGUCUGCAAAUAAUUUUACACUUGAGUGUUUAACUGCCUCUGGGAGCUGGUUGAUAUAUAAGAGGAAUUGGAGUCCUAACACUGUACCUUGUGGCACUCUGGAAGUAACUCAUGCUGGUGUUGAUUGAACUCCUUUGAUUAUUAACCUUUGUGUUCUCUCUGACUCUGUAAAAGUGAAGCUUAUGCUGCAGUUGCUGGUGAGGAACCUUGUCGAAUGCUUUGGAGAUGUCAAGUAAGACAGCAUCGACACGAUCUCCCUUGGCAAGGUUUUGUGUGAUAUCAUGCACUGUCACUAAGAGUUGAGUUUCACUUGAGCGAUUUUUAUGGAAGCCACGUUGAACAUCAGUGAAUAUUUUGUGCCUUUCAAGGUGUUUCAUAACUGUGUUAUGGAUGAUGUGUUCCGGAUCUUUCAGUUUAUUGAUGUCCGAGAAACAGGCAGGUAAUUUGUAGGUUUAGUGUUUUUCGCCUUACUUGAAGAUUGGGCAAACUAGGGCCUCCUUCCAGUCCUGCGGUACACUUCCCUGAUCAAGUGAGAUGUGGAACAGUUUUGUAAGGAUUGGGGAAAGUUCCUCUGCUCCGUUCUUUAGUAGGAUUUCAUCUGGUGCAGUGGCCUUGUAAAGACUCAGUUUAUUCAGGAGUUUAAAAACUCCUGCUUCUGAGAUGGCUUUUUUUCCAUGGCUGGGUAGUUGCUCUUGCCUUUGUUAAGGAUUGACUGGGUGUUCUUCACUGUUAAUACCAACUGAAAUUGAGCAUUAAGAGUUUCUGCUUAAAUUUCACUAUUGCUCUUAAGGAAACCGUCUUUGUUCUUUAAUGUGCCGACACCCUACGGAUCUUGGUGUUGACUCUUCAUGUGUGACCAGAAAUAUUUAGGAGCCUUUGUGAAAUCCUCGCUGACUAUGUCCUAUGUUUUCAAUCCUCGCUGACUAUGUUUUCAAGGUAGGUUUUGCUUGCUUUCUUAAUUGCAUAUCUACCUUAAUUCUUUAAGCGCUUCUACAUAUCUUUGUCCUUCUUCUUUCCUUAUCUUGCUUUUUUGUGUGCUCUAUUUCCUCCGAAAAGCUCGCCAUAUCUCUUUGUCUAUCCAGGCAUUGGUGUAACAAGGUGUGAGUUUUACGGGUAUGUGUUUGUCCAUGAUAUUUUUUAUCUUGUCCUUGAAAUUAUUCCAGAAUUUCUUUAUAUUUGAUGUGUAAGUUGUAUUGGUUUUUAUUUCCUUUGCAUAUGUUCUUAGGUCCUGUUUAAUGGCCUUGUUCUACAUGAAGAUCUUACAUCUUGGGGGCCUAGGCUUGAGCGGUUGUAAAAGUGUUUUAUACAGCACAAUGUCAUGGCCACUUUUUCCUAUUGGUGGUAAAGGUUUGCAACAUAUUGUAAAGGUUGGAUGCGUUGUCAUGAUGAUUUCUAAGAUGUUGUCUUCUGUAUCAACUAUUACAUUCUUGCAUCCCAUGCAUAGUGCAGCAUAGUCAUAUAUGAUAAGUGGUGUUUCACAUACCACUGUUCACUGAGCCCUCUCAGAUCCAAUCUGAGUGAAAAAACAAAAAGACUUAGCACAUCUCAAAAGAAAAUUAUUUCCAGCAUUGUAGAACAUUUGCUUUUGCUUCUGUCAUUCAGAAAAGGUGGGAAAUUUACCACUUUGUUGGUAAGUAAAAAAAAUCAUGUUCUGGUUUGGUAUGCUGUUUAAAUGGUUAUCCUUUUAUUGAUAAGAUAAAAUUCUUUUACUGAUCCAAAUAAAUGGAAAAUUUAUUUUUUAUGAAAUUAUACUUAUUCAUUUCAGCACAUAAGACACAGCUUUUAAAAUAGAAACAUUUCCAUAAUUUAAUAAUUUUUAAAAUAGAAAAAUUUAAACAAUUAAUGUGUGAAAAGUCAACAGGGUUUGAGUUUAUAUAAACUCCAUGAAAGCAAUUGUGUAACAUGAACUCAAGCAAAUAUGAAAGAAAAAGAUCACACCUUGUGCCAAACUGUCUUUUUCAGUGUGCAUUUUGUACGCAUCCACAUAUUUUCAACAUCCUGUGUGUAUACCAGCAUCAUUUUGUUGAUAAACCACAACAAAGUUAUUGUAGAUUCUUUGUCUGAACUGGUUUAUGUUUGAAUAAGCCGCCCGUUCACCUGAUACAAUAUGUGAGCUUGCGAAGGAUAUAUCUCUAUGCACUCAUGUAACAUGAUUGCACAUCGAUCUGGCACUUCAGCGAGAAAACAGUGCCCACUCUCACUUUCUAAACCACGGAAAACACAGUCGCCCUCUCUCUACUGUACUAUUAACAGACAUCAUUAAAAGAAUAACUGUUUAAAUGGCACUUCAAAAUGGAACAACACGAUUUUUGAAUAACCAAAGCUGAAGUUGUGGGUUGUGGAGCAGACUUUUGUUUGCCGAAUCCAUCGCAACCUCAGUGCCAGACAAAUUUUUGUCAGCUCCAGCUCCACCCCACUAGUCUUUGGUAGGGUUGCAUCAAUUAAUCUGCAUAUAAUCGGUAAUCUACUUUUUAGACAUUAAUUGACCUGUAGAAAAUACAUUCUAGAUGCAAAUUUUGAUCUAUGUUUGGGGUUCUUACCCUUUGGUCAACCUUUGUAAUAUUUUUAUAUGCAUGUAAAGACAUUAUUGAAAAGGGGGUCUGUGGCUUUCCAGCAGACUAGCCAAGGGGACCAUGGAACAAAAAAGAUUAAGAAGCCUUGAUCUAGGUAUUUUUAAUAGAAUCUUGGAUAUUUGUAUGGGAUUUUACAAAAUUAAGACCAUAUAUACUUGCGUGUAAGUUGCAACAGUGGAUAGGUUGUAUCCUUAGUUUGGAAGUUACAUGGCCUUUUUAAAGUUUAUAACUUUUAUGUGUUAACCCCCACAUUAAAAACAAUUCCAUAGAACUUGUAAACUAAAGAGCAAUUGUCAUAAAAUAUGUGAUCUUAAAAAAACUUUUUAAAAAAAACUGAUAGCUUGAGGGUAAGGGGGAAAACACUUUCCUGCCAUUUUCCAUCAAUCGUCUUGUCUCCUAGCAGUUCAUGUAGGACUUGGAACUUGUUGGAUGGAGUGGUCUUGAACUCUUCCUGUUUGACCUUAUCUUUCAGGAGGGGGAUGUUGUAGCGCAAACUAUAUGUUGUCUGCUCAGUGUAAUGCCUUUUCAGUCUUAGCCUCAGCCAGGCCACUAGGAGAUGGUGGUCUGAGGCAACGUCAGCUCCUCUUCUGACAUGUACAUCUUGGAGAGAUCGCCUGAAUUUUUCCCAAUACACACAUGAUCUAUUUGGUUCAUCGUUUGGAGGUCUGGUGAAACCCAUGUGGCCUUGUGUAUCCUCCUGUGCUAGAAGAAGCUCCCGCCUAUGACUAGAUUUGUUGUGGUACAUAAGUCAGCGAAUCUCUCUCCGUUGUCAUUCAUCUCUCCUAUCCCCCGUCGCCCCAUGGCUUCUUCGUAACCCGUGUUGUAACUGUCGAUCUUAGCAUUGAGGUCUCCCAUGAGAAUGACGAUGUUUGGCCUAGGAUGACCCUGGGUAAUGGUCAGUAAUCUGUUAUAGAAUUCAUCUUUGUCCUCCUCACUUUCGUUUGUUGGUGCGUAGCACUGGAUAACAUCCAAAUUGAUUAUGUGUUUUUUGGUCCGAAAAGUUGCUGUGAGGAUUCUAGGUCCAUGCGCCUCCCAUCCAAUGAGUGCUCCUUGGGCUGUCCUAGAUAUCAUCAGGGCCACACCCAGAGUCUGUGGUGCAUCGUCAUAUGCGUGACCUGAGAAUAAAAGCAUCUCUCCUGAGGCUAGUUUCUUCUGUCCACAACAGAUCCUUCUUGCUUCGCUGAUUCCUAGUAUGGUGAGGUUAUAGUUCCUCAUCUCAGCGGCUACUUGUGCAGUCUUUCCCGUCUCAUACAUGGUGUGUACAUUCCAUGUUCCAAUGGCGUUGGUGGUCCUGUUGGAGAUGAUGGUCGUCGACCUAAUAGUUUCCAGAUUCUGGCUUUCACUACUUGGCGUCAUGCAUUCCUCAGCUGGGAAUCUAUCCUCUCCCAGGACCAGAAUGUCUUUUGUUGCUCUUGUCUGCGUUUUUGUAACAAAGAGUUUUUACAUGGCAGAGUUGUGAGCCCUGCGCCCAACUGUCUGGGGGUGGGGAUGCACCUCACAAGGGUACCCUAGCCUUUGUGGUUUCGCCCAUUUCCUGCAAGGCAGCAGGUUCUGAUUUUGGUCCACCCUGGGGUAUUUGAUUUCCCCAUUACCUAACAUAUCUGGUGGGCAUUCCCCUAUCCGCCACCUGGGGAGGCGCUCGAUGGGAGAUCAGAAACUCCACAUGAAUUGCUCGGUGCUAAUUUUUUGUUAAAAAAUUUUUUAAACUCUUCAGCAACAUCCUCAACAUCCUGAUGGCUGCACCUAGUUUAGACGGGGGGGGGGGGGGGGGGGGGUGCAGAAUAUACACUGGAUAUAUGUUAUUUGUCAGACUGAUUAUCAUUUUUUAUUGGCAUUCAUGCAUAAAAGUGUCAUUCAGACCAUGUAUGAUAUAUUCUUAUGAUGCAAGUUGCUUUGUACAUUACCAAAGUUGGAUUUCCUCCAUGGAAGGCCAUAUUUUCAUGAUCUUGUUGUUUAUAAACUUGCAAGCAGCAGUCACAGUGGAGUAUACAUAUUUAAAGUUAAUAUUAUCUCAUUGAAAAAAAUAAACACCAUUUCUUACAUCCCUAUACCUGUCAAUACCAAUCUUUGCUGGUUCUUCAACAGAAAACUAACUCUGCAUAGCAUGUUGUAGUUUAGCCUGUGAUGCAAGAAUUUAAGUAUCUGAAAUUGAAUUCUGAAAAUUACAAUCGUGCAACGGUUUCAUUACAAAAAAAAACCAACAAAAAAACAACUUAAACACCUCCAUUAUAAUGCAUCAUGAAUUGUAAGCUGCACUCAUUGGAGAAUACAAUUAAAAAUUUAAAAGUUUAUGAAUCCAAGCAAAUUAUUUACCAUGUCUUAAAUGGGCAGUGCAGCCAGUAUAGGAGUACCUAAUUAUACAGAUCUAUUUUGUUUAUGAAAAUAUUUUUUUAAAGUUUUGUAACUCACACUAAAACUACACUAAAACAUAUGGUGAAUGAUCUUUCUCUUUCUGUGCCCCCAAACAAUGGAAUUAUCUCCCAUUACACAUCCACAAUAUACAGACCAUCCAAGCCUUCAAAACUGCCCUCAAGAUUUUCCUCUAACUGAUAAACAAUGCUGGAUGCUGCUGGGAGCCGUCCAUGACUAGACAGGGGUAGAUAAUACUUGGGUGGGUGAGGUUAAGCCUUUUACCAAUUGUUGUUUUUAAAUGUAAUUGCUAACUUUUAUGUGAAGCGCAGUGAGCCUAACCCUAGACUGGGGUACUGCGCUAUAUAAAAACACCUUAAUAAUAAUAAUAAUAAUAAAAAUAAUAUAUUUUUCACAUCUUUUUUCAUGCUAAUAUUUUAGAGAUAGCCCUACCAGUCAUUAAGCAAUGGCACAUCGCCGUGCUGAGGAUUUGAAUCUUAGUCUAACUGGAUCUCAGCUUUCCGUUAUUUCUGCUCGAUCUCGAUCAAGCCAGCCUGUGUCCUCUCAGAGUAAAAGAGCAAACUCUAUGGUAGAUGUUCGGCCUAAUAAGGUUUGCUAUUUUUAAUGAGAUAAUAGUUUGGGGGUUAAUUCUGAUAUAUGCUUGGCUUUUAUACUAGAGCAAAAGGUUUAGUACCCACCACUAUAGAGAAAUGUAGGCUUGGAAUCAGGGCUGUCUUAACAACAUAGGAAGCCCUGGGCACAGCAAUGCACUGAGCCCAUUAGCAACACAACAUACCUCGGCCGUGAGAAGAGGAGCACUCGCCCCAUGCGCAAACAGUGCCGGGGGGAGGGGCAAACAUUUCCUUCUUCUCCACCAACUUACCAAGAGGAAUAAAUGUAAAAUAAAAAUAAACAUUCAAUAAAGUUAAACUUUGAUGAAUCCAAUUUAUUGAUACAAAAAACAAAAUCAAUAAUAGUUUUUAAACAUUAUCAGAAAAAAAUAAUCACAGAGGAUGAUAAAUUAUUAUUGCCAAAUAGAAUAGAUGGAUAGAAUAAAUUAUUCCAUAUAAAUCAACAUAAUUGUUAGCGUUAUUUUUUUGCAGAGAAUUGUUUUAUUAUUGGUUUAAAGUCAAUGGUCUUAAGGAUGUCAUUUUCCAUGCACAUAAUUGAAAGCCAGUUCAAAUGUUUUUGUCCCAUUCUACUGCAAAGCUGUUUCUUAUUACCUUAUUUUAAAACUGUUUAACUUUGAUUCGCAUUUAUAAUAUUAAUUUUGCAAUGUGCUGAUAUGUAUCGUAGGUAAAAAUUGGGAAUUUUGAAUCCAAUAAAAUUGUCAAAAUAUUUCAAUAUUAAUUUAAAAUAUGUAAAGCAUGAUGCCUCUAUAAGAGUGCGUCUCCUAGAAACGUGGGGCCCUGGGCCUGGGCCCAUACCUUAUGACGGCGCUGCUUGGAAUUCAAAUUUUAAUGUGGCAACCAUCUUUCGGGAUGAUUCUAGAUGUUGCGCAAGAGGAGGCCAAUUAUAAAAUUUAAAACAACUGAAGGCAGUGAAGAUUUUUUCAAUAUAUUUGGGCUAAUUAUUAUUAUAUUAUUUGCUGAUUAGAAAGAUUUUAUUAUGAAAAUGUGUAUAUUACUUUGUUUAAUGCAGCUUCCAAGUGGUGCAGAUGAACAAAGGAGUGAGACUAAAGGUCGGAGAGGAUCAUUCAAAGGUUUUUCACUUGUCUGUUUCUUGUCUAUGGUUUUACCAUAAUGUCUGUGGCUUGACAGCUUGUGACGCUGAGUUCUUAGAAGACAUUGUAAAAAAAGAAAUAUUGGAAUAUGAAAAUUGUUUGAUUUUUAACAAACAAGUAGCUUUAAGUAGUAAAUCUAAAUUUCUUGAAGUGAAUUUUUAGUGAUGGUCCAAACAAUUUUAACCCUUUCUUUUUCAGAGGAAAUGGGUUAGAAAACUUAGGUUUUAGGGAGAGGCAAUGUUUUUUAUCUACUAUUUUACCCAUUGUUAUCAUUAAAUGAGACAACUCUCUUAAGAAUAAUUGAUAUUUUUCAGGUGAAAUACAGAAAACUAGUAGCUUAACAUCAGCGCAGUCGUUGGACAAGCUUUCAAAUGGAACCACAUCAAAAGCAAUUUCUCAGUAAGUUUUUUUUUUAUUUAGAGAAUAUUGUUCAUAUUUCCUUCAUUCCAUCAAACUCAAAUUUGAAUAAGAAAUUAACGUCAAAAGUUUUUUUUAGUAAAGUUUAUUGUGAUUUUAACAAUCUGUUAUUAUUGGAUCUUUCUUAUCUCUGUAAUUCCAUUUCAGAGAAGAUGACUUUCUGGCUCUAUUUGAGAGCUCCCCCCAGCCAAAAAUCAAGCAAGCGUUAUCUGGCAUCGCAUCUAGUAGCCAUAAAAAAAACAUAUCUAAUAAACCCAGCAAGAGCUCAGCGGGCGGAAUGGUAUAAUAUAACAUUUUAUGCUGUCUGUGUUUGUAAUAUUGGGUAAAUUUUUAACUGUACUAUUGUCAUUGUAAUAUUGUAUAUAAUGUAAUUACUUUUACAGUAUUUCAGCUUAUUUACCCUUCUCAUGUAGUGUGUUAUUUAAGGCUCUACAGUAGCCUUAAUGUGUUUGCAAGCUAAGUAAAGACUUCACGUGAUCUUACAGUAAUUUUAAAUCUUUUAUCCCAAUUCUGAUUACUAACAGGAUUUAAGAUUGGGUGGUGCGGUAGAUCUGACUGUAGAAGUACAUUAUCUUUUAAUUUAUUUCUUUUUAAACUUUAAACUUUCCCUUUUGAGUGUUAUUUUAAGGUCAGCUUAUUUAACCUUUGAUUAAGUUACGAAAAAGUUAAUCUCACAUGUGAUAGUGUGUGAUUAAGAGGGAGUGGCCAUUCAGCACAAAGGCUGAACACAUGUUUCAGUCUAGGCUACAAUACUAAUGCCUGCCCUGUUCAACUGCUGAAUUAGGUUUGUUUGUUGAACUGCUGAAUUAGGUUUGUUUGUUGAACUGCUGAAUUAGGUUUGUUUGUUGAACUGCUGAAUUAGGUUUGUUUGUUGAACUGCUGAAUUAGGUUUGUUUGUUGAACUGCUGAAUUAGGGUUGUUUGUUGAACUGCUGAAUUAGGUUUGUUUGUUGAACUGCUGAAUUAGGUUUGUUUGUUGAACUGCUGAAUUAGGUUUGUUUGUUGAACUGCUGAAUUAGGUUUGUUUGUUGAACUGCUGAAUUAGGUUUGUUUGUUGACCUGCUGAAUUAGGUUUGUUUGUUGAACUGCUGAAUUAGGUUUGUUUGUUGAACUGCUGAAUUAGGUUUGUUUGUUGAACUGCUGAAUUAGGUUUGUUUGUUGAUCUGCUGAAUUAGGUUUGUUUGUUGAACUGCUGAAUUAGGUUUGUUUGUUGAACUGCUGAAUUAGGUUUGUUUGUUGAACUGCUGAAUUAGGUUUGUUUGUUGAACUGCUGAAUUAGGUUUGUUUGUUGAACUGCUGAAUUAGGUUUGUUUGUUGAACUGCUGAAUUAGGUUUGUUUGUUGAACUGCUGAAUUAGGUUUGUUUGUUGAACUGCUGAAUUAGGUUUGUUUGUUGAACUGCUGAAUUAGGUUUGUUUGUUGAACUGCUGAAUUAGGUUUGUUUGUUGAACUGCUGAAUUAGGUUUGUUUGUUGAACUGCUGAAUUAGGUUUGUUUGUUGAACUGCUGAAUUAGGUUUGUUUGUUGAACUGCUGAAUUAGGUUUGUUUGUUGAACUGCUGAAUUAGGUUUGUUUGUUGAACUGCUGAAUUAGGUUUGUUUGUUGAACUGCUGAAUUAGGUUUGUUUGUUGAACUGCUGAAUUAGGUUUGUUUGUUGAACUGCUGAAUUAGGUUUGUUUGUUGAACUGCUGAAUUAGGUUUGUUUGUUGAACUGCUGAAUUAGGUUUGUUUGUUGAACUGCUGAAUUAGGUUUGUUUGUUGAACUGCUGAAUUAGGUUUGUUUGUUGAACUGCUGAAUUAGGUUUGUUUGUUGAACUGCUGAAUUAGGUUUGUUUGUUGAACUGCUGAAUUAGGUUUGUUUGUUGAACUGCUGAAUUAGGUUUGUUUGUUGAACUGCUGAAUUAGGUUUGUUUGUUGAACUGCUGAAUUAGGUUUGUUUGUUGAACUGCUGAAUUAGGUUUGUUUGUUGAACUGCUGAAUUAGGUUUGUUUGUUGAACUGCUGAAUUAGGUUUGUUUGUUGAACUGCUGAAUUAGGUUUGUUUGUUGAACUGCUGAAUUAGGUUUGUUUGUUGAACUGCUGAAUUAGGUUUGUUUGUUGAACUGCUGAAUUAGGUUUGUUUGUUGAACUGCUGAAUUAGGUUUGUUUGUUGAACUGCUGAAUUAGGUUUGUUUGUUGAACUGCUGAAUUAGGUUUGUUUGUUGAACUGCUGAAUUAGGUUUGUUUGUUGAACUGCUGAAUUAGGUUUGUUUGUUGAACUGCUGAAUUAGGUUUGUUUGUUGAACUGCGGAAUUAGGUUUGUUUGUUGAACUGCGGAAUUAGGUUUGUUUGUUGAACUGCUGAAUUAGGUUUGUUUGUUGAACUGCUGAAUUAGGUUUGUUUGUUGAACUGCUGAAUUAGGUUUGUUUGUUGAACUGCUGAAUUAGGUUUGUUUGUUGAACUGCUGAAUUAGGGUUGUUUGUUGAACUGCUGAAUUAGGUUUGUUUGUUGAACUGCUGAAUUAGGUUUGUUUGUUGAACUGCUGAAUUAGGUUUGUUUGUUGAACUGCUGAAUUAGGUUUGUUUGUUGAACUGCUGAAUUAGGUUUGUUUGUUGAACUGCUGAAUUAGGUUUGUUUGUUGACCUGCUGAAUUAGGUUUGUUUGUUGAACUGCUGAAUUAGGUUUGUUUGUUGAACUGCUGAAUUAGGUUUGUUUGUUGAACUGCUGAAUUAGGUUUGUUUGUUGAUCUGCUGAAUUAGGUUUGUUUGUUGAACUGCUGAAUUAGGUUUGUUUGUUGAACUGCUGAAUUAGGUUUGUUUGUUGAACUGCUGAAUUAGGUUUGUUUGUUGAACUGCUGAAUUAGGUUUGUUUGUUGAACUGCUGAAUUAGGUUUGUUUGUUGAACUGCUGAAUUAGGUUUGUUUGUUGAACUGCUGAAUUAGGUUUGUUUGUUGAACUGCAGAAUUAGGUUUGUUUGUUGAACUGCUGAAUUAGGUUUGUUUGUUGAACUGCUGAAUUAGGUUUGUUUGUUGAACUGCUGAAUUAGGUUUGUUUGUUGAACUGCAGAAUUAGGUUUGUUUGUUGAACUGCUGAAUUAGGUUUGUUUGUUUAGCUUGCAAGUUAAAAAAAAAAAGCAAUAUCAUAAUUCAUUGAUUUUUAAUUAUAGAAGCCACGGCCCUUUAAGAGUAAGCCAGCCUGGGCAUCGAAACCAUCAUCUGCCAACAGCACAGCCCGAACUGAGGAACCCCACAAUAUUUUCCGUCCAGCUUCAGUCCAAAGUACAGAUGAUGACUUUGACAUUGGUCAUCAUGCUUUAGAUGACCAUGGAAAUUCUUUGACUAACUCCAUCACUAAACUGCGCAAUCUCCAGAACCAGAUAUCGGAUGUGAACAAGCAACAGGGCCAUGCCAAAGGAACUAUCACGGCCCUGGACAGUUAUAGGUCGGCUGCUACAACAGGACAGCUUACCCCAGGAUCAACAGCCAGGACAUCUCAAACUGCUUCAAUAGAUGAAUUUAUUCAGGACAUCAUGGACAGGACUCCUCGACAUGAUGACCCAGUAGUCAGCGAUAGGGUGUUGCCAUUCUCAGCUCAAUCCGUGGAGGCUGGAGAAACUACUGAGGUGACUGCUGGCUUGGCAAACAACAUCAGUCGGCCAGGCCAUCAGCAGAAGGUGAAGGCAACACUAUCUUCGAUGGAGAAUUCUUAUCACAACAUCAAACACAAAACACCUGUGAAUCAAGUGAAGAGCACAACAGGGGCUGUAGGACAAAGCUCUAUUCUUUUAGGAAAUAAAAAACCAGUUCAGCAAAGUAAUGUAAAUUCCGUCAACAGCAUAAAAACUCUAUCUCAAAAAACUCCAUCCAACUUCACAUCGAAUGCACAAAAACUGGAGGAUUACAUCAACACUUUGAAUUCAGCGGCCGCCAAAAUUCAAAAAUGGUUUCGCAGGCACAGAACACGCCAUGCGGCAGCGGAAGCAGCCAUGAGAAGGUUGCUGAGCCAGAAGAAGCUGGAACACGAGGACAAGCUCCAAAAAGAGCUGGCUCAGUCCAUGACUUUGGUGGAGAUGGAAGAGAAGAAAGUAGAAGAGAGGAGGAAGCUGAGGGAGGAGAAGGCAAAAGAAGCCAGGCAGCAGGCAAUCAAGGUAUGAUGAGGUUUAAAACUAAGAAACAGAAGAGCCGGUAUGUCUUAUGGAAACUGGGUGCUGUUGUUUAAACAGAAAGGAUUAUAUUUUUUAUUUGGAUGCAGUGGAGGAUAUUUUUAAACAGUAUGUAUUUUAUGUACAGACAGUUGAGACUUCUGUUGCUUUAUUUUUAAUAUUGAACAUGUUAAAAUUAAGUUUUUCUAUUUUGCAUUGGUAUUUUACCCAGGUUUAUUGGAUCAUAUUUUAUAAAUUUAAGUUUAUUCAAAAAGUUAUCCUUCAUGUCAAAUCAGGAUCUAAAAAAGAAGAGAGAAGAACAUAAAAUAGAUGUGAAAAAAAAAGCAGAAGAUGAGAUCAAAUUUUUACAAGCAAGUGGCCGCAUUUCUAAAAGUCCUUCAAGUUCUGUCAUGAAUAAGAAGAGAACAAUUGAAAAAGGUAUCGUGAACACAGUGUCCCCCAAUCCAGCCAGCCAGCCCGUGGAUGAGGCCGCCACUUCACAGGUUGGUGUACAGGGUACAUCCAAUGACAUGCUAUCUUAUAUAUUUUACACCAAUACGGCAAACAGAAUUUGUUGUUACUUUAUUUAAAUUAGUUAAUUUAAAUUUGUUUCUUUAAAUUUAAAGCAAUUCUUAGGGGGUUUUUUAAAAGCCUAUAAUUUUCCUUAGUAAGAAUUUUAAAUAAAAACGUGUCAGGAAUUUAAAUCUUGCAUUAUGCAAAUUGAACUUUAAAAUGUUGGACACCAAUGAAAUUAAAUGUGGUGAAAAUAAUUUCAGACAGAGCUGAGUGAACUGAGUGCAGGUUAUGGAGCUGAGAGUGGAGCUGUUGGCGGCACAGAUAAAGCCACCGAGGCCAAUACCAACACACGCACAACACUGGAGGACCUUUACAGCACUUUGAAAAAAUUGGAGGAAGAGGAAAACUUUUUGACAGCACGGCCAAAUAGUCAACCAUCUUGGUGUAAGUUGGUCAGGAAGAAUGCACUUGCAUCAUUUUGUUUUACUUUAACUGAACCAUUGUAUUAAAAAGAAGUUUUUUUUAAAAUGAAAUAUUUCACCUCAAAACAAUUUUAGAAAUGAUAAUAAAUAUAAACUGCUUUACUUGCGUGAAAGUCACUCAUUAGCUCAUGAAAGUAAUAUUAAAACGUAUGCUAUCAAGCUAACUUUGAAUUUUUGACUUGUCACCUUAACAAGCUAAACUUGGAUUACUUGAUUUAACAAAAGUGGCUGUGUCAUAAGAACAUAUUGUUAACCCUUUGACCUCCUGCAAGAUGUAAAAUGUGUGCAAAAAAAAAAAAGUCACAGUUUGGUGCAUGGAUGUGUGCCACUCAAUUUUUGUUAUUUUCAAAGCCCCUAAAUAAUUAAUAUACUAUUUCUGCAAACAAAAUUUGCUCCAUUAAUAACCCUAAAACAUUAAAUUUGUUUAGUGAAUGAACUAGAGAAGGAUCAAGAAGGCGAACUAGGUUCCAAUUUAACAGCAGAGAACUUGGAAAAACUCAACUCAAGAAAAGAUGGCCUGUCUAACAGUGGUUUCUUAACUAACGAUAAAUUGAGGAGCAUCAUCAACUUUCUGGAUGAAGUGCAUGUCACAGACAGGCUCAGUGAAAUAGACACAGUCAGUACCUGUCAGAAUUUUAUCUUGGGUUACUCAUUAUAACCAAUUAUUUGUUGUUCUAGGUAUUCUCUGUCAUGCUAGACGAUCUCUGUAGUUCCGUUUUAACUCUAACCACUUUUAUUCACAUUAGUCUAAGUAUUAAUUUGAAAAGCAAUUUUGAACCUUUUAAAUUAUGAAACACAUUCUCAUCUGGUUUCAUUGUUGUGUUAAUAAAUGAAUAGGAAAUAAGUCGAAUGAAUGAAGAUCUGGAGAAACCUGCCCUCCUUGUGCCCUCAGCCUCUGAAAUAGCUCAAAUUGAACAUGCUCAAGCAACAGCAUCAGAGGUAACCAACACAGUCUUAUCUCAACGUUUGGAACUGGAUGAGAAAAAGAGAACAGUUACUAUGUUGCAAAAAGCUUUGGUAAGAUAUAAUAGAAAUCUUGUGGAUACAAUAAAUUAAGUAAGGAAUUAACUAGGGUUUUUUUGAGGUGGGGGCAAUGGGUGUUGCAGUCAAACAUUUAAAUAAGGUUUUGUUAAUCAAAAGUGAACAUGAAAUAGCUUUCCUUCCAGAAUCAACAAAGGGAACUGACAGUUAGACAUGCCAGGGAAACCGAGAAAGAAAUGAAAAAGAGGCUAGAUAUACAAAAGGAGGAGUAUGAAGAGGCAAUCAAGAGACAUUUGUCUUUUAUUGAUCAGGUCAGUGGAUUUUUAUUGGUGGGGGAUAUUAUAAUGUUGCUAUUUAUAUAUUACCACAUAUAAUGCAAGAAAUUUAGAUGAAAAAAUGCUACUUAAAGGGGGUCUCAUUAUUUGCGAGUGCAAGAAAUUUUCAUUACCGGUAAACAAUAAUAACUAAAGCCCAUGCAACAAAUCUUCUUGGGCCACUAGCAUUCAGUGAUAAAGCGUGCAUCAUAUCUGCAGACCUGCUUACUCUCAAACUCUUCAAAUCGUACAAUAUUAUCACAAAAUCGUUCAAUACCUUAUAUUUAUAGAAAAAAAUAAACAUACAGUAUACAUGCUAACACCUCAAAAUCGUACAUUGUACACCAAAAUCGUAAGAGUAAACAGGUCUGUAUCUGGUGUAUAACACCUGUAAUGUAAGUUGUGCCCCUUGGACUGGAUAUUAGCUUAGUUGUAUCAAGAUGACCACAGUUCAUUUUAAAUAUUAUAAUUUAUAGGAUUUUGGCAUUUUUAUCAAGUAUAAAACAUAUAUUUCAUUAAUUCUAAUGUAUUAUUAUGGAACAAGAUUAACAUAUUGCAUUGUGUGUGGACAUGGCAUUUUAGGGCCUUUGGAUUGUGUUAUAAGUUGUAAUAUACAGUACAUACUUCUAAGUAAAAAAAAAAUUUACUGCAUAUAUUUGGCGUAACAUGUUCCAGCUUACUUGACAUUAGACCAAACUGGCAAAUGUAGAAAUAGACUCACUUUUAUGUUGCAGCUUAUUGAUGACAAAAAAAAUUUAGGUGAAAAGUGUGAAAAACUGGUCACAGAGCUAAAGACUAUAGACAAGAAAUAUCAGGAGAAAAUCAAGUCUUUAGAAUCAAGGUAAAUGUCAAGAAAAAAUACAUUUUUUGCAAUUUUGAUUGGCACACUUUAAAAAAUUGCUGUAAACUCCUACAGUCUUCUUGGAUUGAUUACAUUCGUCAAGUUCUUUUCACAUGUUGAAUGCGUCGUACUAUUCCUACUAUCACUGAACGAACUCAACUCCUUUUCAUAAUAAUUAUAACUUUAAUGUCUAAGUAAAUACUAUACACAUCACAUGUGAAUAUAGCGCAGCUCGCUAUCAGGCAUAAAUAAUACACAUCCUACCACUCCAAAGUUCCACUCAAGACUGCCGCACGACUAAAACAUACUUCACAAUACUGCAUAGACAAUAACGUCACGAAUCAGCAUAAAAAUACGUCAUAGAGACAAUGGCGGGAAGAGCGUUCACUAACUAUAAGAGUCAAGCGCUGGAAAAGCGUUCAACAACUAAUGAACAUAAUAUUGAGUCGCAACAAUUACUAAUGAACGCUCAUACUCGACAAUUGCCCAUCCCAAGGUGGAGAAAUUAAAUUAAAACAAUUAAGUGUCCUGAAUUUACACACCAAAGUGAUGCAUUAAAAAACAUUUGGGAGGCUGUGUUGGACAUUCCCACAACAACCAAAUUAUUUUUGUCAUUUUAGUCAUGUUGUAGAGAUGACAAAGGUAAAAGAAGUUCACUCAGCUGCUGAAAAACUUAGAAGGGAAAAAUGGAUUGAGGAUAAAACCAAAAAAAUAAAGGUAAAGUCCUGAAUAAAUUAUCAACUUAUCGAAUUCUUUAAAAGAUUAUGUGAUGUUCUUAUUUUCUAUGUUAACUUUAAAAUUAAUAUCUAUGUUUCAUUUUGUAUUCAAAAUCAAAAUACAUUGUUAUUCAUUACUAGCUUGGUAUAGAAAGAAUUUUAUAAUUUUACAUUCAUACCUAUACAAGUACUUUUUGGAUAUUAUAUAAUACUUUGAAAGAUCUGAUUCUAUGACAUUGUAAUUGUGACGUUUCUUGUUUCCAGGAAAUGACAGUCAAAGGUUUGGAGCCUGAGAUUCAGCGUUUGAUAUCUAAACACAAAAGUGAUAUCAAGAAAAUCAAACAAAUUCAUGAGGCUGAGCUCCUAGAAUCGGAUGAGAGAGCUGCACAGAAGUAUGUCAAAAUGACAGAGGAGCUCAGAGAUCAACUGGCAGCUGAGAAGGAAGCAGCCAUUGCCAGGGAGAGGGAAUCUUCUAAACUCAGGUAAUCAUAUGGCAUCAACUGUAGCCCAUAGCAUCGGGGAAAGUUUUCUUAUAAUAUAAGUGAUGUCAACUUUUUCAAUACUACACAUUAAAAUGAGUUAAUAAAUUCUUUGACACAACAAACAAACUUUAAUGUCUGUACAAGACAGCGUUGAAGCAGAUUAUUGUUGGAUGGAUUUAUUUUAGGAGAGGUGUCAUUUUACCUCCAUGACACUUUUUACUCAAAUCAAAACCUUGCAACACACCUUGACACCCCCCCCCCCCCCCUUUCUUUACCCUUUUGAGCACCAUCACCAGUGUGUUGCACAGAAUAAAACUCUAGCUAAUUUCAACAGUGAGGAAAGCUUCACUCGCUUCGACCUUUUGUGUGAUUUCAUCAAUGAUGUAGCUCAUUAUAAGAUAAGAUAAGAUUCUUUUAUUGAUCCAAAUACAUGGAAAUGUUUUUUGAUUGCAUUAUACAUUUUCAGCUCAAAAAUAAAAUAAUUUGAACACAAGACAUUUAUAAUGAAUUAUUUCAAACAGCCAUUCAGUGAGUUCUCUUAGCAAAAUCGGGGACUUAUUAGUUCUCAUUCAGAUGUGUGACUUUAGAGGAAGCAUGCCGGUAAAUUCAUACAGAUUGGGGAACAAAAGAAUUUUUAUAUCUGUCAGUCCUCGCCCUGAUGGAAAGAAUUCGUCCAGAACGGCCCGAUCCUAAGUAUCUGUGUGAUGAAGAGGGUGGGAUGUAAUCAUCCAAAAUGUGUUUAGUUUUGCAAAAACAUCUUUCUUCAAAUAGUUCUUCAAGUAAAGGAUGUUUAGUUUGUGUUAUGUUCCUAGCUUUCUUGAUUAGUCGGCUUAUGCGGUGUUAAUAUCAGACGUUGAAUUCCCAUGACGAGGGAAUAGAGUAACAUCAAGUGUGGUUGACCAUCUAGUUUCAAUAGCUCAUUUCAUCCCUCACUCACUGCUACACCACAGGUAUGAAAAACAGCUGGAGCAGGAAGAGGAGGCCUACCAGCAGAAACAGAGGAGGCUCUACCAGGAGGUACAGGAGGAGAAACAGCGCCUGGCCUCGGCCUCCUCGCGGCAGAGGUCGGAGCUGGAAAAACUGCAGAGACAGCUGGAGGACAACCAUAGGCACGCCUUGGAAGCCAUGAAGGAGGAGUUUGACAAGUCAAGGGAUGAGCAGGAGAAAAGACACAAGGUCAGAUCAACCUACAUAAUUCACUAUGUUCAACUAUCUGUCUCUAAUGCUAAGGUUCCCCAUAACUGUUCUAAAUGAGAUUCUUAAAAAUACUGCAGGUGGGUUGGCUGUGUAAUAUUUUCUUUUCUUUUAUGGAAAUAGUGUCAAUUUAGAUAUGGUGUUAUAAAUUUGCAGCAUAAAGUGGGUAGGACUUCAGAGAAUAUUAAUAUAGUUCAGGGGCCAGUAAAAAGUGUGCAUUUUUUGUCAUAUAACUUUAGUAGAUGGGAAGCUCACUCAUUGGGGAUGGCAUUGUAUAGCAGACUAAAAAUUUUUGUAUUUUUUAUAGCCAGUAAUACUAAUAGUUUUCUGAAUUAGAAGUUUAAAAAAAAGUAAAGAUAUGUCUGCCAUUUUUAACAAUUGUCUAUGCGGAUGUAGUCUCACAUUUGCUGAUCAUUUCCUUGGCAUGUUAAAAUUCAUGAACUGACCAGUUACACCACAGGCCCAGUUUCAUGCUGCACUGAAACAAUCUAGCAUGGAAGGCAGCAGUAAUAGUAGAAGCUUUUGUUAUAUUCUUGAUGAUAUACUUUAGCCCUGCUGGAAAUGCUCCCUUGUGAUUCGUUGUUGUUUGGUUGCUCCUUUUUUAUUACCAAAGAUAUGUUGACAUUUCAGUCUGAAAUUCGAGCUCUUCAGGAGAAGUUAAAGCUAGAAAAGGAAUCCUGGGAAGAGAACUACAUGAAGAGACAUGAAACUUGGCUGGUGCAGAAAGAAAGGGAAAUAAGAGAGCAGGUAGGCCAGAAGUAACUCUGUGCUUAAUCUUUUUAUUUCUUUGAUGACUAGGAAUUUGUCCUUUUUUUUUUUACUGAUGUUUAGCUGUUCGCCUCUUUUUGAUGAUGUGUUUAGACAACAGGGACCCAAUCUACCAGCAUUGCACAUUGGCCCCAGAUACGGCGGUACACCUGAUGCCCCAAUCUUGGCCUUUGGGAGGUUAGGGCAGCAAGAGGUCCUACUUUGCAAAUGUUAUAUUGCACAGCCGAACAGAUGGAGCGUGUUGCAAAAGUGUUAGUUAGAACCAUAAAAGCAAUUACCUUGCAAUUAAGCUUGUUACCCCCCUCUUCCUCCCCCCAACCACCACCAAGCUCUGAGUAUGGAUUACUGUUAGUGAUGUCUGGUUGUAUCCCUUUAUUCAGUGAUGACUGGGUAGUAUUUUGUAAUUUUAUUUUGUGGCAAAUAUACAUUGAGUUGAUGAUACAUGUUAUUCAUUUUUAGAUUAAGAAAGAAAGAGACAAAGAAAUUGAGAUGGUGAUUGAGAGACUAGAAGAAGACGCGUCCACUGCUCAGGAGGCCAACGAAAGGAGCACAGAGCAAAAAAUAAGGUCUUUAAAUAAAUGCUGCUAUAUGUUCUUUAAAUGAUAUGAAUUGAUUCUGUUGACUGAGUGUGGUUCGGUCAGCAGAAUGUUAUUGUGUGUACCAAUCGCAGUCAUGUUCUAAGAAUAAAUUUGAUUAGUCUUGGAAAGUGAUGUUUGUCAUGUCAAUAGUGAUGUUAUUCUCAACAUCCUAAUCCAUCAGCCAUUUGCCUUCGGCCUGCGGACAUUGUGGAAAAAUAUGCAUGUCUUCCUCAUUUGGUCUUUCUUUGUGUACAAGGUGUUCUAUAGUCUAGCAACUGUGGUAUUCAAUUGACGUUUAUGUCCUGAAGUGCUGGUCAGUGAAAAAGGUUUCAUACUGUCGUAUUUUCUUAUUUGCAUGAUGGCAGAGUGGGUAUUUUAGGGUUCUGUCUGGUCUUUUGCGGUUGUUUUGUGAGUUUAAUUGGAUGUGAUGGAAGUGAUGCUCCCUCAAACACUGGUCUUUUGCAGUUGUUUUGUGAGUUUAAUUGGAUGUGAUGGAAAUGAUGCUCCCUCAAACACUGGUCUUUUGCGGUUGUUUUGUGAGUUUAAUUGGAUGUGAUGGAAAUGAUGUUCCCUCAAACACUGGUCUUUUGCAGUUGUUUUGUGAGUUUAAUUGGAUGUGAUGGAAAUGAUGCUCCCUCAAACACUGGUCUUUUGUGGUUGUUUAGUGAGUUUAAUUGGAUGUGAUGGAAAUGAUGUUCCCUCAAACAUUGGUCUUUUGCAGUUGUUUUGUGAGUUUAAUUGGAUGUGAUGGAAAUGAUGCUCCCUCAAACACUGGUCUUUUGCGGUUGUUUUGUGAGAUUAAUUGGAUGUGAUGGAAAUGAUGCUCCAUCAAACACUUGAAUAAUGAUGGUUUAUUAUUACAGAAUAACAUUUUUGUUUUAUUUUAGGAGAUUGAGAGAAAAGUUUGAAACAGAGACAAGGGAGCUGGAACAGUCUGAAAGAAAAGCAGUUCAGAAAUACAACGAAAUGAAGGUUUGGACUGAAAUAUACUUUCAGUUAUGAACUGUUACUACAAUAGGAAAUGUACAUUUAAUAAUUUCACUUUUCCAAUAAGAAAUAUCCAUUUAAUGAACCUGUGGUCCAAUGUGAAAAAUCUUGAGGUUAAAGUAAUUUGUUGCUUAUGUUUUUUUCACUCAGGCUAAGAUGACAGAGGUGGAAGGUGAGAAUGAAAGGCUGAAGGUCAUUAUUAAACAGAAAGAUCAAGAAAUAUUGGAUAGUAAGAAGGUAAUGAGUUUUAAUACAUAUAUUUGGUUUUUUUCUAAUCCCAAAAUUAUUUGCAAAAUCUUUCAGUAAUUCAACAGUUUGAUAUUUUUCAUUCUGUGAGAAUUUCAAAUACUCUACAUUGGAAUCACUCCAUAAUAAUUUGGGCCCAUAAAAUUGUAUCGCUCUAACGGCCUGGUCAUAUUUUGGAAGGCUUUUACAAUAUUUCAUGUUAAUAGCAUUUUAAAAAAAAAAAAAAAAGAUUGUUGAUUUUGUUGCUUUAAAAAAAUAUUUUUUAAUAUCUUGUUGCUAGUUAGCUAUGUGGUUUUGAAGUUUGACUAGUUUUAGUGGAUUUAUGAUUGCGUAGUACAAGAAUACAUAUCUUUAAAUUUAUACACAUUUUUUUAUUACGGGAGCCAUGUCACGACCAUGUUUUAUCCGAAGUUGCAUUAUAGCAUUGUACGUUUUAUCAGAGUUCCACUGCAUUUAUCAUACUCCAAAAUGGAAAUUUGAUUUAGAUACAACUUUUUUUGAAUUAUCAACAGUAACCUCAAUAUCAUUAAGCCAUGCUUGUUUAUAAAAUAUCAUAAGGACAUACACUACAUGACCAUGUGAUCCAGUAAUUUAUCAUUACUUUUCCUUUGGUAAAGCUUCUGGAAAAGAUGAACUCUGAACGGAGUCAUGUGUCAGACAUUAUUCGUCAAGAGUUUGCAGACAGAAUUGUGGCCACAGAUGAAGAAAAUAAAAGAAUCAAGCACGAGAUAUCAGAGCUGCGGGCCAGGCAUCGCAUUGAGCUAGAGAAGGCGCAGAGGGACAUGGAGGAACUGAGGAGAGUUAAAGAUGAGGAAAUGGAAGAAGUGCACAAGAGGUAAAACCAUUUGUGAAAGGAUGGAUGUGACAGACAUUCUCAUAAGAUAAAAUAUGACAAUGGGGAGGUGUUGGCGGUUCAAUGGAUGUAACAGCUGUUGUUGUCAUAAGUUAUGUCUGCAAGGAGGUAAGGAAAAUUCAAUGGAUUUGUCGUGGUGGUUGUUAUAAAAUGUGUCUGUGGGGAGAUAAUGGUUAAGAAAAUGAUGCUCUGUGUUGAGGAUAGUACCAUUGUACUGAAAGUUACACAUCUGAUGGCUGGUAAAUGUAAGGUGAGUAAACCCAUCAUAGACUUCAGGACUUAAUGAACACAGUGAGUAAUCCCAUCAUAGUCUCCAAUGUGAGGUAAAUGUGUAUAGAGUAAUAAGACAAAUAUGGUCAGGGAAGAUAAGUCAGGUUAGCCGUUAAUAGUGUCAUUGAACUGUGGAGUGUAUUAAAAAUGUGAAAAGUAAGGGGGUUGACAGGUAGGACAGAGUCCUCUAUGGGUUGACUCUAUGGGCAGUGAAUAUUAUCUAUCUAUUUGUCAAGCAUGCAGUCUGUUAUAUUUUUUAUAUGGAUUCUUACAGAUUUAAUAUUUAUUACAUAAAGAGCAUAGAAGUGUUGUUUUUUUCCCUUCAGAGUGAAAGCGGCUAUUGUUAAGAAGGAAGAAGUAGUGGCUCAGUUAAAGCAGCAGUACCAGGCGGCUAACAAACGAGCCGACCACCUGGAGGGUUUGCUAGAGCAGCAACGGAAACAGUUAUUGAACCAUAAGUAGUACAUCAGAUAAAAGUCUUGAACCAAUAAUUAGUGAAACAAAGACCUCCCAUGUGAUUUAUCUCAAAGCUUUCUGCAUUUGUUAAAAUCUAGUUGAAUAAGUCCUGUAUAUUUGAGUGCAAGAAUUUUUGGAGGGAAAAUGUUCUUAAUUUAUGUGGUAAAAAAUGUUUCUAACUUUAUCAUGUAAAUACAUUAGUAUUGUUAACUUUUAUUAUUGCAAUUAAAGACUGAAAUUGUAGACACAUGAACUUAAAUUGCUGAAUAACAGUGUUGAUUUGAAUAUUGUGCCUUAUAGGCUAAUUGGUUCUGUUUACGCCACUUAUACUUCUUUUUAAACAGUGCUCCUCUGUGUCCAAUCUCUUUGAGAAGUUUUGUAUUUGUUUUAGAAACUUCUUAUUAAAAAUAUUUCUAUGGCAGUCAUAUCAUGGUUAAAGACAGUUUUAAUUAAAAUAUUUUGAAAUAAAAUAAAAGUUCAGCAUAAAAGGUCUUCUAGAUCUGGUGUUAUACAAAGUAUUAGAGUCAAAGUCAGGGUUUCAUCAUUUAAAAAAAAAAUAACUGCUACACAAUUUUGAAAUUAUUUUAUCCAUGGGUGAAUUUUUGCUUUUUUUUGCUCCUUGGGCGACUAUUUAUUAACUUAUGGUGUUGCCUUUGGCGAUUGAAAGUAAAUGAAUUUGAUAGGGCAACUAUUGUGAUAUCUUGAAGUCUAUAUUUAUAUUAAGAUCACUGAGGGGGUAAGACUUAUUAACUUAUAUUGCCCUAAUUUUUACUAAAACGUGGUAUUCUCUAUUUUCCUGCCAGCAUCUACUGCCUUCUUCAUAGAUACAUGUAAAUGUCUUUUUAAUUAAUUUAUUCAACUGCUAGGCUGUGAUAUAAGUGAGGAAGUAUCAUACACAUAUCAAUAUUCUCAUUUUAAUGCCACAUAGAAUGCAUUAUAUUUAUAUAAACAAGCUUUAUUAUUAUGAUUGUCUAUAAAUUAUAAUGCCAAAACUCUGGCUGGGUGAAUUAUUAUUUAAUAGAAGGGCUCCAUACCAUCCCAAUGGUUAUAUGAUAAAGCCACUUGUCAUUGUUGAAUUAGAUUCAAAUUCUUUUGGUUGUUGUAAUGAGCACCUUAUUAUGGUCUCCAGUGGAAAAUAUUUUGUGAUUUUUAUUUUUGAAAUGUUUAUUGUAUUCCUGGUACACUGCAAUAAGGCUUGUUAAUGCUGCAUUCCUUUGUGAAGUUGUACUUAUGUAUAUUAUGUAGAUUUUUUUUAAAAACAUUCAUGACAACUUAUUUUUCACUUGUAGAUAUGACCAGGUGGUCUCCAAGCAUAAAAUAAAAGUGUUGUGAGAUAACUGUAAUAAAACUGUGUUCAGUUUUUAUGGGUCUAAUACGCUCGUUUUGCAACAUAUUUCAAACCUAAAAAACAUUAUCGCCACAAAUUAACAUAAUUUAAUUAUUUUGUUACAUAGCAUUUCCGAUCCAUUGCUGUGAAGAAAACAAAAUAUUCAUCAUUUUGCUCAUUAGCUUGCAC